UUAUUUUUAGUCGUGUGUUUCAUAAUGUUACGUUUUUUAUUUUGAUGUUAGCUAGCUACAAGUUCGGUCGGGUGUUCGUACCAAUUGGAAUGCAGCAAGGAAUCUUUUUUUUUCCUUUAAGGUAUUUAGGCAAAGUGUAAUUUAAGUUGUCUUCAAAGAGGCCUGAAAACCCACUUGCAACUUUUGUUGGUAGCUACGUCUAUGGUCUUGAAUGAAAACUUAUUGUCGGCUUUAAUAUAUAGACAAAUACUUAUAAAACACAAUUAUUCUAUAGCAUCUAUGGAGAACCAAAAAAAUGUUUAAAUUGUCUCAGUUUUUGGCUAGUUUUGAGCAGAUAUUUUGUAAUUUCUUUAAAUUUUAUUUCUAAUCAGUAGUGCUACGUAAAAAUAAAGUGUUUUUAGUUUAGAAUAAUGUCUUUUUUGUAUGUAGUUAUAUACUACGGCCCUUGCGAAACAUUCGGUAUACAUAUUCAUAAGCCGCAAAUUGUGUACGGUAUAAGAGAUGAUCUCCAAAACAAGGGUUACCGCGUCAAGCUAGUUCCAGUGAAGUGGGCAAAUUAUUGUAUGUUAGAAAUAUGUGGACAUGAGGUAUUUCGCUGUAAUUUAAAGAAUUUAAAAUUCAACACGUGUGUCAAGCGCGAUGUGAUUGCUCAGAGGGCAAUAGAAGCUGUGUUGGUAUGUUCAUCCAUGUUGCGACGCGCUCGCGCCUACCUCUGGUUCUGGUCUCUCAUAGACCAUCAACUCUUCAGACGAUCGAAAUUCGGGCCACAGGACUACUUUCUAACUAACGCUGACCAUGGCCGUCCUUUCGCAAGUCCUAGAGAUUGUGUUAAAUGUUGCGGUAUGUUUAUCGAAGGAGAACUCGAGUGCACCGAGUGUCGAGCCCUCAAGGAUAGAAAAUGUAAUUUCCCUGAUUGUCGCUGUACUAAGUAAUGAUCAGCGCGAGAUAAUCUUCGUGAAUUUCUUUAAGGAUUCUGAUUUUCAACCUUAUAGUGUACAUGUGUAAAAGUUGACAUUUCUGUCUUAGCGACUGAUUUACAGAGUCUUCUAGCGAUGAUAAAAAAAUGUUUAAGUUACGGCAGUCAAUCUCAAUAAUAUGACGUGAAUUACCGACUGUAACACAGUAAGCGACAGAAUUGAUUCCAAACCAUGUAUACUGUAAUAUUAUUUUUGUU